ACUGCUCCUUCUCCUUGCCAUAGCAAAGGAAGCCAUGAAGAUGAUCCAACCACCAUCACUCACCUUGUGGGAUGGACAUUCCUCCUCCUCUUCUUCGUCUCCUCCUUCUCCUUCUUCUUCCUCCUCCUCGACUUUCAUCAAUGCGGCUGUCGCAAAGCGCCUUCGUUCUCUUGUCCCCGUUCAAACGUCGUCAUCGUCGUCGGAUGCCAUCGCUGCUGCUGAAUUAGUCCAUUCGGGCGGGACGCGAUGGAACCCGAUGCCGGAGCAAGUAAAGCUGCUGGAGGCGCUGUACGCUGGCGGUUUGCGGACGCCGAACCCGGUCCAAAUCGAGCAGAUAACGGCCGAGCUGGGCCGGUUCGGCCGCAUCGAAGGCAAGAACGUUUUCUACUGGUUCCAGAACCACAAGGCCCGGGAGCGGCAGAAGCAGAAGCGCGCCGCCGCCUUCCAUCUCAAAAAGGAAGAGAUGGCGACGAAGGAGGCGACGGUGGAUUUGGGCCGCAAGCGGAAGUGCAGAAGCUGGAGCAGAGCGGAUGUGGCGGUGGUGGAGGAUUGUGAGAGGAGGACGUUGGAGCUUUUCCCAUUGCACCCCGAAUGGAAACAGAUUUGAUAGUCUUCUUCUUUUGCGCCUUCAAAUCAUAAAAACGCACUCCCUGCUUUUCCCUUCUUGUUCUUUCUGCUUUUUUUUCCUUUAAAAGUACUGUUUUUUCUUUCCCGCUUCUGUCGAGCCAUUUCAGUCUUCGGAAGAAGCCAUCCACUUCGAGAGGAAGCAGAAGAAGUGCUGCUGGCUUGAGAGUUGAGAGAGAGCGUUGUAUCCUGCUCGGCUAUGUUGCUCGACAGGGCAGCGACAGCAGCAGCCGAAGCCGAGCAUGAAUGGAAGCAUGAUUGCAAUAGCAAUGGGGAGGGAGACAUGAGUGCUGGUACUUGGUCCUAGGAAAUGCAGAGCAGAGAGUGAAGGUUAAAGUGUGAGUGUGUUCUGACAAGUGAGGUGAGAUCGACGAACACUGCCCUGCUCUGCCCUGCCCUGCUCUGUUUCUGAGUCCACUAGGGCGGAAGGAAGCAUAGUUAGUGAAGUGAUCUCCUCCUUCACGUUGUUGGGUUGUUGCACAUGUGGCGAACCCCCGUUCGUUGGUCGGACCACUUCGGGAUGGGUGAGAGUGGGAAUCGAACCCGGUCCGGUUUAGAUUAUUGAGCUGGGCCGACAACGUGGAUCAAGUUGCAAUAGGGGAGGAUAGGUGAGGGCGAGUCUAGUGUGAAGCAUGCACAUCCACACUCAAAAUGUCAUGAUGGACUUUUUAUCUAUAGACCCGCUUUUUCUUCCUA